AUGGCUACCCCGUCUCCUGCCCGCGAUCCUCCCAAGGAGGAAUCACAAGUCCCAGGUACAAACGCCCUUUCCUUCCGUCUGUUCCGGCGCAACCCCGCCCUCGAAAUCUCUCGCAACACGCCCGACAACACCAAUGUCGACAAAGACAAGAUGCCCCCUCAAGAUGCGCCCGCCGUCCGCUUCGCUUCUUCCGUCCAGGAAAUCACCCCGACCGUCACCACGACAUCACCGACGGAUACACAGUCUCCCACCGACGCCGCUACCGGAGCCUCCUUGGCCGAAGUUACGCCAGAGGACCUGAGAGCCCUUUCCAAGUCCCUUCAAGGCGCACCGUUGCAGCAGCGUCGGAUGAAUGUCUUUGGCUUUGAACCAUACUCGCUACCUGCAUCUCGCGUCUGCUCACGAGAAGACGAGUCCGAUAACAGCAGGCUACCGACCCCGAACUCCAGUGGGCCAAGAUCGCCGCGUUUUGGUCCGGCACAUCCGAUGCAGUCACCUCCUCUGACCCCGGCGGGGACUGAUCCCUCAGACCCGGCAGCAAAGAAGAACGGGGAUCAGAGUGAGGAUGGGAAACCCUCCUCGAGCGAGCCCUCGGUCAUCACUCCCCAAGCAUCUUCUUCACAGGAUUCACCGCCAUCAUCGACCAGAAAGUCCUUGCCUAUCCGAGGCAAAUCGAACGAAGAGGUCGCUACACGGUCAGCGUCUGCCGAGGACCGAGACUAUGACACGAGGUCCCACAGGAAGGGCAUGUUUUCUGUCGGCCCAGGAGGAUCAGUACCGGUUUCGCGAGAGUCCAGUCCCUCUCGAGCCUCUCUGUACUACUCCAAGCCCAUGACGCCGGGCGGAGACGCCAACGAUCCUUACGCCGCUCACAAACGUCAGCCGCCGCCAUCGCACCCUCAGCGGGGCCAGAUUGACUCGAGAUUUGUGUUUUCGCGCAGAAAGAACAAGCAUGGGUCGCCGUCCGGCUCGACGUCGAGCUUGGGCCGAGCAAACGACAAGCGGCAUUCGGGCCUUCUGGGUAACCUAAAGGGCCACGGCGAUGAGCUGCAGGUCCCUCAUGACGAUUCAGCAAGCAUCUCGAGCAGGCAAGGCUCGUUUGCAGACCUCAAGAGGUUCUUCAAGGUUGGCGGGCAUCACAAGAUGAAGAGAGAAGCCUCACCCUCCUCUGUUAGGUCUGGCGCCAGAACCCCACCUACGAGAGGGUCGCAACAUCAACUGCCCUUCGGAGAUGACCAUGGACUUUCUUCCAAGUAUGGAAAGCUCGGCAGGGUGCUUGGGUCAGGCGCUGGAGGAUCUGUCAGGUUGAUGAAGCGAAGUGAAGAUGGCGUUGUUUUCGCUGUCAAGGAGUUCCGGCCGAGACAUUCUUACGAAACCGAAAAGGAGUAUGUCAAGAAAUUGACGGCCGAAUUCUGUGUCGGAUCGACUCUGCACCAUGGCAACGUCAUCGAGACAUUGGAUAUCCUCCAGGAGAAGGGCAAGUGGUACGAGGUCAUGGAGUACGCUCCGUACGACCUCUUUGCCUGCGUCAUGACAGGCAAAAUGACGCGUGAGGAAGUCGGCUGCUGUUUCUUGCAGAUCCUCAACGGCGUAACGUAUCUCCACAGCAUGGGUCUUGCGCACAGGGACUUGAAGCUUGACAAUGUUGUGGUCAGUGAGCAUGGCAUCAUGAAGAUUAUCGACUUUGGCAGUGCUCAUGUCUUCAAAUACCCCUUUGAGAACGACAUUGUACUCGCCUCAGUCCUAGGCAUUGUGGGUUCUGACCCUUACCUGGCCCCUGAGGUCUAUGACGAGCGAAAAUUCCCCUGGAAGGUCCCUCGCAUGACGGACAACUCAUUCAAACUGUUCGCAGCGGAGCCGACACCGGGCCACGACCCCAAGAAGCUCAUCAUGCCGUCCAAGUCGGCCAACGAUCUCGCAAACACACCACAGAGAGACAUCUUUGAGGACGGCAAGCAUCAAGUUAGCAAACCUGAGCCGAAGGAAGCCGAAGGUCAGGCGUCGCAGGGAAACUCGACACAAAGCUCAACUCGUGCCGAUGGGCAGCAAACAGAGAAGAAAGAGGUCAUACGGGGCCCUUGGCGGAUCUUGCGCCUGCUUCCUCGCGAGUCUCGGCACAUCAUCGGACGUAUGCUUGAGAUCAAGGUCAAGGAGCGGGCAACAAUGCAAGAAAUCCUGGAUGAGCCGUGGGUUGCGAACACGGUCAUCUGCCAGCAACCAGAGCCAGGCCGGGUGAUUCACGCCGAGGAUCACGUCCACACUCUUGAGCCACCACAACCCCCCAAAUAG